AUGCUCCGGCUCAGGCAGUUCCUUCGAAGUUCUCACACGCACCCGUCACUUUUCCACCCUACACACUCUCGAUCCAACCUUUUGAAUCGACAGAAUGUGCAGCAUGUAAGAUUUAGGCGGCCUUGGAUUAGGUCGUUCAUCUCAAAAUGCCUUCUGUACGGCACUGCAUUCCAUCUAUGGAGUACUUUCGUGCUGGUACGAUUUGAUGAUGAUACCGAAGAUACCGAUUCAUCUCAUGCGGCUCCCACAGGGGGAAUAGGCCCACGUGAAAACUCACGAGAAAGCAGCGAAGUCGCUGGGAAAGAGGCCGAAAACGAGGAUCCGCUCUUCAUACCGCUUGCCUGGUCACGUUUGCAGAAAGGGGAGUUAUACACAGCAUCGGAUCGUGAAUGGCAACAUCUAGAUGAGCUUGCCACUAUUGUUCUUGACAGCGCGGGGGAUCAAAUCUCACAAAUACUUGGGGCUCCCCUCUCCAUAACAGGAUUCUGGCUUGUGCAUCAAUUCCCAGCCCGGGCCCCUCCUGGAUACGUGCGGUCAGGACUGGAGAUUACAAGUGACAGUAUAGCGUGGGUCACAAAGCCGAUGGACCCUGAAAUUGGUGACAGGUUACAGACUUUUAUGAAACCAGUUCAUGUGGCUCUAGCAAUCAGGGACGCGUAUCUGGUACUAGUAUUAAGGCAACUGGAUCGUUUCAGAAAACCCGCAGGGGAGCCACUUGACACCUUUGAUUUCUUGGAUGGUUCAUCUGCCACGUCUUGCAACGAGAGAGGGAAUUGGAUCGGCCAACAGGAUCAAUCUAAACUACAACCACCCCUGACCGAUGGACUCAAAGAAAACAUGCCUCCCAACACGGAGAACUCCAACUACCACCCAUCUUCCCUUAUAUCUCUAUUACAGCGGCUACCGUUGCCGGACCUCGGCCCGGGGUCCAACCUUCAUAUGGCAUCAGAAGCAUUCAAAUUGCGAUUGAGCCAUGAACGAUCCCAAAAACAAGGAUCCGCUCGCCGUGGGGCUUUCUUUAUCACGGGACCGGUUGGGUUAAAGGGACCUAAUGGAUUUUGUCGGUUUGAGGUGUGCGGCGAGUAUGAUCCAGAUAAAUCUGAAUGGCGAACAGUGGAGAUGACACUAAAGGAGCUGAAUAUGAGGAGGCAGAGAGCAUUGGGGAGCCGAUGA